UUAGCCAACAGCGCCCCCUGCUGGACAUCAUAGCCGCACACACCUGCUGCCGCGGAAACCGCCAAUGGGGGCACGGGAACACUUCCGGUGUCUCUGUGUGUCGAAGAGGAGGCUUCAUUGACAGUGUAUAAACAGGAGGAGGAAGGAGCAGGAAUGGGGCUGUGACAACCAGAGGAGGCUAGAUGAUGAUGUUAACCCGCCGUCCAUUCAUUCCCUCCCGCUGAGUCAACCGCGGCAACGUCCGCCGCUUGUGGCUGCCAGCCGGUCUGUGAGAGGAGGUGACAGUCAGGUGCAGACAUGCCCGUCUCCCUGCUGUGGGCAGUGGAUGUGUAUGGGCGGGUCUACAGCCUGUCCACGGCGGGCCAGCAGUGGGAGCUUUGCCGCGAUGCCCAGUUGGAGUUCAAGCGGGUGACGGCGGCUCAACAGUGCUGCUGGGGAAUCGCCUGCGACAAUAACGUUUACCUGAACGUCCACGCUUCUGACCUGCCCGUCCGCUACCAGGAGCAGACGUACGAGAACCAACGAUGGAAUCCGGUCGACGGCUUCUCGGAACGUUUGCUGCCAAGCGAUCGCUGGCAGUGGAGCGACGUCACAGGUCUGCAGCACCAACCUCUGGACAGCUUCCGACUUUCCUCCAGCAGCUGGGAGUGGGAGGGCGACUGGUACAUGGAUGAAAACUUUGAGGGAGAGCCCACAGACAAAGGGGGUUGGACCUACUCCAUAGACUUCCCCGCCGCCUACACCAAAGACAAGAAGUGGAACUCCUGUGUCCGUCGCAGGCGAUGGCUCCGCUACAGACGAUACAAAGCCAUGGACACCUGGGCCAAAAUCCCCUCGCAGCAGACAAAUCUACCAGAUCCCUUCAGCGACAUCAGCUGCGGAGGCUGGGAUAUCAAUGAGGAGCCCAGGGGCCGCCUGUCACUGUGGGCUGUGUCCCUUCAGGGCAAGGUUUGGUUCAGAGAGGGAAUCUAUCAUCAAAAUCCCGAGGGCUCUGUGUGGGAGGAGGUGUCUCUCCCUGGUGAGGUAGUCCAGGUCAGCUGUGGCCCAGGGGACCUGGUCUGGGCGGUGCUGUGGGAGGGGCAGCUCAUUGUCAGGGAAGGCAUUAGCCGAGAUUAUCCCAAAGGUUCUUCCUGGGUGAUGGUGGACUCUCCCAGUCCGGAUGUAGGUGCCACACAUGUAGCUGUGGGAAACAAUGUCGUUUGGGUUUUGACCAAAGACAACAAAGUGUGGUUCAGACGUGGUGUGAACUCUCACAACCCGUGUGGCUCAGGCUGGAUCAGCAUGAUUGGAGAAAUGAUCAUGAUCAACGUAGGACUCAAUGACCAGGUGUGGGGUAUCAGUUGUGAUGACCGGGCAGUGCACUUCAGACAGGGUGUGACCUCCAGUGAACUGAGUGGGAAAACCUGGAAGGUUAUCGGAGUUCCCCGGGAUGGAGAGCGAUCCCACUCCAGUGCCAGUGCGAGCAGCCUGCAGAGUGCUGGAUGUUACUUCCGUGGUGAGGUGCGUGCUCAGUCUGUAGCGAGUGAUGUGGAACCAGACACAGAGAAAGGAUCUGACGAUGGAGCCACCGGAUUGGUCUCAUCUGACAUCCCAGAGUCAUUUAAUGCCUCUGACCAGCCCUCUGACCAGCCCUCUGACCAGCCCUCUGACACCCCCAAACCCUGCAUCCCCAAAGUCACCAGUGACAGCUUCAUCUCCGAACUCGUCUCUGAUCGAGAGCCCGCAUCUGCCACUCCUGCUGCUCUGGAAGAGGAGAACAUCUCUGGAGACGGAGAGGUCACAGCAGCUGUUUUACCGAGUCAGUCUGGAGGUCCUGCCAACCCCCAGUGGAGUAACGUGGACCUGGAGGAGACGCAGGUCCAGACGGGAGCAGUGAUGGAAUCCGCGGACACUUGCAGCUUGUCCUCUGUGGCUACAUACACCCUUGCCAUUGAGGACCCCUAUGGGGUAGAUGAGCACCCCCUGUGGGCCUGGGUCAGUGGAGGCGGCUGCUCUGUUGACAGUCAUUCCCAACUCAGCUGGUUUAACUGCCCUGGGAAUUCUUCAGGUUUGGUUCAGUCAAUCCAGUCCAUGAGUCUGUCUGUAACUCCAGCUCAGACGGCUACAUGGAAGAGACAGAUCUUUGAGCAACUAAGUGAGAGGACCAAGAGAGAGAUGGACAAUUUCAGACAUUAUGAACAAGCCAUAGAACAGUCUGUGUGGGUGAAGAAGGGAACCAUGCAGUGGUGGAGAGACUGGAAGCCACACAAGUGGAUAGACAUCCAAUUUGCCUUAGAGCAGUUCUCAGGACCAGAUGGCAACAAGGACGGCAUCAUGUUCAUCUAUUACAACUUCAAUGAGGAGAAGAAGUACCUCCAUGCCUUCAUCAACGAGAUCACCAUCCUGGUUCCUGUGCUGAAUGACUCCAAACACACUUUUGCCAUCUACACUCCUGAGCGGACCAAACAGAGGUGGCCGAUCAGAGUGGCAGCUGGCACAGAGCUGGAAAUGCACGACUGGCUGGCAUUGUUGAGUGUAUCAUCCUGCGACUCCAGGAGAAUCGAGGGUCCUCCCUCAAAACACGCCAUCUGGUCCAUCACCUGUAAAGGAGACAUCUUUGUCUGCGAGCCCACUCCUGGUCUGGAGGCCGUGCCUUACCCCACACCCUGCGACCAGAUGUUCUGGCGGCAGGUCGGAGGUCACCUGCGCUCUGUGGAGUGUAACACUGUUGGGAUAGUGUGGGGGAUUGGCUAUGACCACACUGCUUGGGUCUACAGCGGUGGCUACGGAGGGGGCUUCUUCCAGGGACUGGCCAGCAGCACAGAUAACAUUUACACACAGACCGAUGUCAAGAGUGUCUACAUCUACGAGAACCAGAGGUGGAACCCAGUCUCGGGCUACACCAGCAGAGGUUUACCUACGGACCGCUACAUGUGGAGUGAUGCUUCAGGACUCCAUGAGUGCACCAAAACAAACACCAAGCCUCCCUCUCCACAGUGGACAUGGGUAUCUGACUGGGCCAUCGACUACAGUGUCUCUGGAGGGACAGACAGAGAAGGCUGGCAAUUUGCAGCUGACUUUCCAGCGUCAUAUCAUGGCUACAAAACUAUGAAGGACUUUGUCCGUCGCAGGCGAUGGAGCAGGAAAUGUAAAUUGACCACUACUGGACCCUGGCAAGAAAUCCCUCCCAUCCCACUGAGUGACGUGACCAUUCUGCCGUGUGCCACUCAGAGCAGCGUGGACCUGGUUCCUCUGUGGGCCAUCAGCAACAAGGGAGACGUGCUUUGCCGACUGGGAGUCACUGCACUGACGCCUGCUGGAUCCUCGUGGCUCCACGUGGGAACUGACCAGCCUUUCAAGUCCAUUUCCAUUGGGGCUGUCAGCCAAGUCUGGGCCAUUGCAAAGGACGGUUCAGCUUUUUAUAGAGGAUCAGUGUCACCUGAGAGCCCUGCAGGAGACAGUUGGUUCCACAUCCCCUCCCCAGCCAAACAGAAGCUGAAGCAGGUCUCUGUAGGGAGGACAUCAGUCCAUGCUGUAGAUGAAAACAGUAACUUGUGGUACAGGCAGGGUGUGACUCCCAGCUACCCUCAGGGCUCCUCCUGGGAUCACAUCUCUAAUAAUGUACGCAAAGUCUCGGUUGGGCCUCUCGACCAGGUGUGGAUCAUAGCAGACAAGGUGCAGGGCAGCCACGGUCUGAGCUGUGGGACAGUGUGCCAUCGACUCGAGGUGCAGCCCAUGGACCCUAAAGGACAGUCGUGGGACUACGGCAUUGGGGGCGGAUGGGAUCACAUCACGGUGAGAGGAAACUCCCUGGAAGCGUCACACGGCCGUCUUCCCUCUCUAACAAGCGAGUCCUCCCCUGCCCCUCAGAGCCCUCCCCUGGUCGGGAGCCUGGAGGUCAACGGCAAUUCUGUUGGAUGCGAGAUGCACACAUAAACUCACAAAACUGUAUGUAGACAUCCUAAACCCUGUCGCCUGUGUUGUGAAUUUUUGUUCAAACCCACUUUAACAUGUAACGCUGAGGAAGCAGUGACAGUUAAACCUCCACAGAACAGCCUUCGGUCUUCACGUCGCAUGUGUCAGUAAAGCAGAAAGUUUAGAUUCUGUGCUUAUUCAAUGACCUCUGAUAACUUGGAUGCAGAAAUUGUUCCCUCUGCAGACGUCCUGAAUAAUCAUUGUAAAAAGCGUUCAUGUCCUCUGUACAUUUCUGUGUAAUUUCUUUGGGGCCACUGCUCGUUAUAUUGUCUCUGAAGCUGAACUCAAUGGUCUUAACACGUUUAUUUUCUUAUUUAUUCAUCAUGAUGAGAUGUUUGAGGGGUCUCUGGAAGGGUGAGGCUUUUUAGAAUAUAUUUUAUAAGGUCAUAUAGAAAUGUAUAUGGAAACAUUAGUGUGCAUGGAUUACAGUUGGUAUUAAACUGAUAGCUCGAGGGAUGGUAUUGUGUAAAAUGUAAAAAAAAAAACAUGUUUCAUCCUAGUCUGCAGGCAACAGGUCAAUAACACAAUGUAAAACACUGUAAAAUCCCUGGAUGAGACGGGCAAUGCUUGAUCCAGGCUGUUUCUUUUGUCACACACACCGCUGCAACACCUAAUUCCAGUGUGUGCGCGUGUGUGUGUCACCCAGAGGUUUCAGAAGGGACUUUGUGUAGUCUACAUUUACGUUAACUGCAUGUUACAGUCCUGCUUGUUUGGCCAGAGGAAACCACCAUAGCUCAGUGAGAAAAUCUGAGACACCACUAAAAGCAGUUUAUUAGUCUCUUUUAAUAGUAAAAGAUAGUCUAAUAAGAAAUAAUCUGACAUGUGCUUGAAAAAAUAUUUAGACUUUCUACUUGAACGUUUUUGGUUUUCAGUAGAGGGGGAGUCCUUUCUGGAGCCUGUGUGUAGCAGCUCUGACAAGCUCUGUAGUAGCUUAAUUAACCUGUGGUGGUCGCUGAUUGGCUUGUACACUUUACUAGUGAUCCGUUUGUACCGUUAGCAGGAUGAUGCAAAACCUACUGAACUCAUUUUUACUGAAUCCAUGAUGUUUAUGUUUUCAAAAGAUUUUUUUUCAUGAUUACUGUGUAUUUCUCAAGAAAUAAUGAUCUUGAUGGGCUGUGGGGGGGGGGGGGGGGGGGAGGAAUCAGGCACAUUUGGGGGAAUGAUAUCUGAGUGUGCAGCUAGAUUAUAUUUCAAGGGGGACUGAUGGGCUUUGGCCGAGGUACGAGUGUCAUUCUAGUUCUGACCACAAUUUUAAAGUUAUUUGCUAAAACAUAAAAAAAAGAUCAUGUGACCAUUUUGACGCUGUUAUGGAGUAAGUGCAAUGUUUAGCUUUUUAAAUAAUUGAAAGAAUAUCGAUAGGAUGUAUAAGUCUUGUGUGGUUGACCUGCUAAAACUGAACCUUCCUCUUUCUCAGGAGUUUCCACUUUCAUGUCGUUUACUUUUGUAGUCAAAUGACUGAGCAGUGAGAAAAACAAUCGUCAGAAAACACUAUAUUUUUGUUAUAAAUCUGUAAGAUAUGAGUGUUUUACAGUGAGUAUAUAGUCGGUGUUGCAAUGGUAGUAUCUAAAGCUGGAGUAGUGUUUGUACGGUUGUCAGAGCAAUUCAUUUGCAAUAGUUUUCCAUAAAGAAAUAUUCAUAAACCACACACACUGAUGAAUCGCUUCCUAUGUUCCCCCAAGUCGUAAGUUGAUGUCUUAAUAUGAUGCAGCUAACUGUUAAUAUUGAAUAAACUGAGAAUGUCAGUUACUCUAGUGAGCAACACGUCCGUGCUUGACCUCAUGGGCUACAUUUCUCGGGGGUUUGUGCAUGGUUAAAAAUAACACUUCUUGUCAAUAAAUAAAUGUGUUUAUUGAACUCGUCAA